GGCGGUCCCGCCAGGGGAGGGGAGAAUGCCACCGCCUGAGGAAUGUCAACUAUUCAACAUGGAGACGGCGGUUACUACGCUCGAGACCAUGUUCCAGAAGGCCGAAUCCGAUCUGGAUUACAUCCAGACAACGUUGGAGUUUGAAAUGAUGAAACGGCUCCCUAAUGGACUCGCCCAAGAGGAAAAUCCUCUGGUCCUGAUACAGCAGCUGUCGGUAGUGAAAUCGCGUUACAAAGACUUGUGCGAACAGCUGGAGAAGAUUUCCGUGGAGCGGCGAGAGUCCAUGCGUGCUAUCCGGGCCACUCUGGCUAAAACAGUGAAGUUGGUCCAGGAAAUACAGCAGCACACUGGGACAGAGAUCUCUUCUCUGUCUGAAGAAGAACAGCUUGCCAUGCAGCACUUAAUGUACCAGACUCCUAAAGUGAUAGAAAGUUUGACAGAAGAGAAUUGUCCAAAAGAACAUUAAAUCCACGGAUACUUUGCUGAACAUUUCAGAAAGCUGCUUCCCGGCGGGUGGUGAC